ACGAGGCGGGACCGUCUACGGGGAAGAGAAAGAAGAGAGAGGAGGGGGUGCGGCCGGGAGCGCAGAAGAGGCUGAGACAAAAUACGAUCACGGAGUCAUACUCGUCACAAUGGCAGAUGGAGUUCAAGAAUAGGUGGCUGAGGUUUGUCUACAGUCAGCGUCUGGCGUUCAACAUCUUUCGGAGCGAGCCGUGGUUGGACGUCGUCCGACACUUCAGGGAAUUGUCGGGGCCAGUGAACGUUUUGUGGCCUUCGGAGAAUGAGAUUGCGGACAUAGAGACAGUUGUCCGCAUGGCGAACGAUGUGGCGGCUGAUCUCGCGGAGGUCAGGGCUCGUUUCUAUGUCACGGGGGCCACCAUCAUGUCGGACGGUAGGAAGUCACGCGAUGCUAGACCCAUCGUUAACUUCCUUCAAGUUGUCGGCGGGUCGCGUGGGGUGUUUGAUGACUUCCCUUCUAGGCGGGUGAACGCCAUUUGCACUGACUCUGCCUCGACGUACGUCGCCGCGACGAACAUGCUCCAGGGGCCUGAGCAGAGGCCAGAGGAUCGACGGAUCACGUGGCUCCCAUGUGCGGUGCAUGUCUGCAACAAGAUGUUGUCAGACAUUCGCUGUUUGAGCUCGUGGUCCAAGGACAUCAUCGUGCGGGGGAGAGUGGUGGUGCGCUUCAUUAAGGACCACGGCGCCACUCUUCAUAUCUUCAGGAGGGAGAGCACGCAGAUGGGUCUUAUUUAUCCGUGCGAGACAAGUUUCGCAUCCGUGUUCGCGAUGAUGGAGCGUUUGCUGGCAAUGAGGUCAGCGGAAAGGACGGUGGACGACGAUAGUUGCGGUCCUUGGGACCAUUCCGUUCGUCAGUUGGCUAGGUGGGUCUGGUGGCAGGUGCGACAUGGCCCUUGGUGGGAUUCCAUGAGCAUCCUUGUCCAUAUUAUGGAGCCUGUGUAUGACAUGCUGCGCAGGUUGGACCGUGGAGGGUUGCACAUGUCGCGGGUUGUUCAGUGGACGCAGGAUGUUACCCGUGAGGUGGCACAGGAGGUUCGUACACUUCCGGCGGAUUCUGCACACUUCAUUGUGAAGAAGGUGCAGGCUCGGUGCGCUCACAUGUUGGAGCCGGCGCACGCCGCUGCUCACCAUCUCUGUUCUAGCCGGCGGGACUUGAGGUACUACGAGGGCGUAGUCAACGACUGCGACGCGAGCUUAGUGAGGGAGGUGGAGGUCUACAUCUUGUUGCAGAUAGGGUUCAAUGUAGCGAACCCCGAGUACGAGACGGCAUGUGCGCAGUUGGGCGACUUUCACAUACGGAGGGGGGGGAUUGCAUCCGGGGGAAGGGACGGAGACAGGGAGGCACAAAGGUGCACCGGUGAUGUGGAGACAUACGAGGCCAGGUGUUGGUGGUCGAAGUGGGGACAGUGCACCCCACAAUUGCAGGUUAUCGCUCUUCGUGUUAUGUACAUGAGGACGUGCUCCUUUCCUGAGGAGAGGAAUUGGGUCGUCCACAAGGGUGUACAGACGAAGUAGCGUAACCGUCUUGAGUUUGAGAAGGUUGCGAAGUUGGUUGAGA